CUUCGCAGGCAGAAACCUGAACCUUCUCAUCAUUCUUCGUUGAACUUUGACUUCAGUUCCAGAAGUGUUUGAAUCAAGAUUGCCUAUGUUUGGUGGAUUUCGUUUCCAAGUACCAAGCUGGCAGCUUCCUGUUAUCCUCUGUCUCCUGAACCAAGGCAGAUGCGUACCUUGUCCACCCUCCAAUGCAAGUACCUGAACAUUGAAUUAAUUCCUGAACUCACCAGAACUCACUCUACAGCUCAAGUAAAACCAUCUGGAUUUCUCCGCUUCGCACAUCUGGGUCCCAACUCCCUCUACCCCCUGGCACCUGAGUUCUCAGUCCUCCGCUCAUGCAAAUGGCGCUGUUGCACCGUCAUCCCAACAACUUCCUCAUUCACGUGACGUCACCUCACCUAACCCAGAGAAAUUCUCUGGCGAGGGCAUUAUUUACAUAUGAAGGGGUUACCAACAAUCUCAGACUGGCAGAUUCAGGAGCGGGCGGUGUGGCAGAACUGGCGGAAAAGUUUCACAUCUCAAAACCUCAAUAUGGACUGUGCAAAGUGGGAGGUAUGGAUGGAGGAGCUCUUCAGAUUGCUUUGAUAAGCUUGGUCGGCCAAAAUGUGGAUGACUACAGGAGAAAUGAGUGCGCCAGCCACAUUCCAGCUAUUAAACACUACUUUAAGGAAGCACAUGCAUUCAUAAAUGUAGAAAAGCCAGAGGAUGUGACAGAGGAGAGGGUAAGAGCUGAACUGAGCAAGACUCAAACUCAAGCUCCCACACAGUGGGUAAAGAGGAGGAGCUCCAAGUCUGCAGACAAGGAGGAAAUUGUGGGUACAAACUACAGAAAAACUAAUGCUGCAAUGGAGAUGAGACUGAUUAACAGAGACUCCUUCUGGGCACGUGCAGAACGGGAGGAGGAAGAGCGUAAAGAGGAGGAGAGAAGAAGGACUACAGAGGAGAGACGGCGCCUUGAAAGAGAGAGAGUUCUGAAGGAGCGAAGGGAUGCGGAAGAGAGGGACAGAAAAAUGAAUGAAAAACUUCAGAUGAUUGAGGAGCAGAGACAAAAACAGAAGGAGGAAGAGCAAGAGCUGCGCAAAAAGGAAAAAGUAAGAUGGGAACAGCAGCAAAAGGAGCAUGAAGAGGAUAUGAGGGCUUGUCUUAGAAGAAGUGAAUCCAUAGAGAAAGCUGCUGAGGCAGCAGUAUUAGUGUCCCAGCGCUCCAUGAAUCCAAGAGAGUUCUUCAGACAAUUGUCAUCAUCAUCAUCACUGAGCCCUACCAGUCCUGGAUGUUCCAGCAGUGGCAAACCAUUCAGACGAUACCAGCGCAGUCUGACAGAUACAGCGUUCAUCUUUUCAAAAGCAGAAGAAAGUGCUGCAUCUUCUCCACACACUUCUCCCUUGGUCUCGCCCUUCUCAAGAGCUCCUCCCUCCCCAGUUUUCCAGUGCAUGUCCCCUCUCAGAAGUCCUGAUUUUCACCCUGUCACCUCCCCACAGAAGCAGAAAGCCCCCAUAACCCCACCUACAUCACCCAUUUGGCCUGGCCCCCGAGUUUCAGCUCUGCCCAGUAUUCCACAAAGUAACAAGCAGGUUCAGGCUGCAGCUGAGCCCAAAGCUUCUGAACCGACUGAACCUUCUGCUCCUCCAGCUUCCCCAAGCCUCUUAGAUUCUUUAUCCCCCUGUUUAAUAAAUGAGAAUCUAUCUCAGCUGCUUUCAGAGGCUGUGCCACCCUCAGGUCUAAAUAUUCCAACAAAUUCAGAGGAGCAAGCUUUGAAUGUUGAGCCUUCACAGGUUCUAACAGACCGUCCUCAACUGAACACAGAAUUCAACACACCAAGUCUUGUUAACACCAUGCUGGUCUCAGACACUGGCUUUAAAGUACAAGCUGUACUGGUGGAAGCAGAUGAGGAAGAGGAUCUACAGGUAGAGCAGGAGGGAGAUGAACCAGAAACACAACCAGAUGGGGAUUUCGGCACUACUGUACCAGCACAGAUUGUGAUGGAGGAGGUAGAUAAAGAAGAAAUGCAAGAGGUGAAGGAAGAUGAGAAGAAGGACCAAAAGGGGGAGGACAAGGAGAAAGAGCAUGAAGAAGAAGAUGAGGGUAGGGAACCUAAGGAAGAGGAGAAGGAGGAGAAGCAGGAGGAAGUGGGUAUAGAGGAGCAGCACGAGGAGGAGAACAAGGAGGAGCAGCAUGAGGAGGAGGAUAACGAGGAGGUGGCGGUGGGAUCAAAACAGGAAACUGAGCCUUCAUCACUAGUAGAAGCAGCAGAGAUGCCACGGGUUAAGAAGGAGGCAGAGGUAGAUGAAGAAGAGAACAUUUAUUCAGGAGAUAGCCAGACUCCUGUUGAGUUUUCAGAGGAAGAGGAGGAGUCAGCAGGCACAGACCCUGAACCAGUUUGUCAAGAUAUCAAACAUGAGACUCUGCUUUCAUCAACCAAUGGGAUGACUAAUGGUGGUGGCACAGAAGAACAAAAUUGCACAGUGCGACCUUUGACUCCAACUGGCACAGACUGCAGGAACUCUGAGUCUCCUGUCUGCUACAUAGUUCACACCACCACAGAAGGAGGAGACAUUACUGAGGAUAAUGAGGAGGAGAUUUCAGAAAAUGGACAAGAGGAUUCAGCUGAGCGAUAUAUGUGCGUCCGAGCUCUGUAUGACUACCAGGCAGAGGACGAAUCUGAGAUCUCCUUUGAACCAGGUGACAUCAUCAGGGAUGUGGAGAUGGUGGACAAAGCCUGGUGGAGGGGGUGGAGCAAAGAUGGCCGUCAGGGUUUAUUCCCCGCUAAUUAUGUGGAGACCAUAUAGGCAGGCAGAGGCACACUAUACAUACACCUACUCACACACAUACAUAUCUGCACAUACACACUCACACACACACAUACACUCAGGGACACCUUAUCCUCUCCUCUUUCUGCAUGUUUCUACCUUAAUCCUCCCACUGAAACUUUAUGCUCUCUUUUCUGUAGGAAAUAAAAGAAACAUAAAGCUCCUUGUUAUGUAGAAAGUAUAAAGAAAAGUUUGACUCUUUGUUUUGAUGUUUUUUUUUUGCAGAAAAACACAAGUAUGCAGAAAUUACCCAGCCUUAUUUUUUAUAUAUAUAAAAUAGUAAAGACCUUUUCCUGGACCAAAAUAACUUAUUUUCUUAUGAGAUGCAGCAGAAAUGUCGGAAGGAUAAAUAGGGGGGUGCAGAUGAUGGCAAACUUCCUUUUCUUCUAAGUAACACAAACAUGUUUUAACUGCAGUGCUCCUUUUUGAUCCACACAUAUAACAAGCAUACAUCUGCUCACCAUUCGUACCCAUAUACCAGGUACAAUCUUUGUAAUCAUCAUCCUGUGUCUCUUCCAUUAUUUUGCAGCUCUGCAUUUGCUACUGACGUUCUCACAGUGCAGUUUAAUUAACCAAACCAGAGCAAGAAACAGAACAAAUCAUGAACAAUCAGUGGAAAAUGAUUUUACUCCUGAUGUUAAGAACUUUUUUAUGGAUUGUAUUUUUUCAUGUGGUUAUGUCCAGUAUUCUGUUUUGUCUCAUUUUCUAGUUUUUUAACAAUUUAAUGCAUUUUGUCAACACAUUUCCUGUUUGAUCAACUGUGUUAUAACAAUUCACUGCACUGUAUAUAAGAAUGUAUAAAAAAACAAAAACAAUUCUCGCCUUUUCUAAUAGUUCAUAUGUUUAUGUGUUCUAUGCUUAUUUUAAUGGCAUCUCUUUAUGUGUUUACUACAAACUUACAAAUAUACAGAUUUUAUGCACUUAAACCACUUCAAAAUGUUUCUGUUCAUCUUUAUUCUUGCGUUUAAUGCUUUAAUAAAAGAAGCAAAAUCUGCAAAUGAA